AUGAACAAAGAGGUGUACCAUGCAGUUUUGAAAAUCUAUUAUUCUUCUCCUUCGGACGUCCGUCCAGAGCUUCUCGAGAAGGUCAUCUGGGUUCCUAAAUCGGCCUUUAACCCUCCAUUCUUACCUAAAUUUACGCGUGCACCUGAACCGCUGCCGGUCUCUUCUUACAUCAGGAAGCCUCAGCUGAUCUGUUACGAUCGGAUUUGUCAAGGCCCCCAACCGAAUUUGAUUGCAGACUCUGUCCUUAUCGAGGCAGAAAUUGUUCCUGACGGCAGAAUCACCGGCCUUUGCUUCGUUAAAUAUCCGUACACCCUAACGCAAGAGGUCAGCCCUGGUAGCCUUACGAAGCGAAAACUUAGAAGGGCGCGUCAGGCCACAAAAGACUACAGUCGUAUUCUUCCUGGAAUCGAAGAUGGCAUCAAACAUCUUCAUUCUUUAGGAUUGGUUCAUAAUGACAUCAACCCAAGCAACAUUAUGCUAGACGGUGAUAGGGCAGUUUUCAUCGAUUUUGGCUCUUGCCGGAAGUUGGGACAAAGCUUAAAAGGCGUCGGUUGCACUUAUGAGUGGUAUGAUGAGCAGGUACAGCAGUCUGUCUUUGAAAAUGACCUCAAUGCUUUGGAAGAGAUUCGUAUAUGGCUAGGAGAUGAUUCACGAGAGUUUCAGUUUGAUGAGUAG